CGAGCCGUUUCAUACGCUCUUCAGCGUGCUCGUUCACGUCCCUGAACGCGCCAGCCAUUAAAACUAGCCCAGACUUGUGGGGGGAAAGAAGCAGAGCACGGCAAGUGACUAAACAAAGCGGCGUAGAUGGCGGAGUGGAACGCCUUCUACCGCAAUGAGGAGGAUGAGGAAGAGCAGGAGGACGGAGAGCAAUCUGGAGAUGAUUACAAGGUGACGGGGAGAGACAGUUUGGUCUUCUUGGUUGAUGCGUCCAAGGAAAUGUUUGUCAAAGGAGAAGACGGAGAACCCUCCAACUUUGACAUGACCAUGCAGGUUGUGCGCAGUGUGUACACCAGUAAGAUCAUUAGUAGUCACAGGGACCUGGUGGCUUUGGUUUUCUACGGCACCGAGCAGAGCAAAAAUCCCAGGAACUCAUUCAAGCAUGUCUACGUGUACCACGACCUCGAUGAACCCGGUGCAAAGCGAGUGCAGGAGGUGGACGCUCUGCGGGGGGCUAAAGGUGCCCAGCUCGCGGCAGAGACCAUGGGCAGCGGGGAGACGUCUUUAGGAGACGCCCUGUGGUGCUGCGCCAACCUCUACAGUGACAUCAAGCUGCGCCUGUCACACAAGCGGCUCAUGAUCUUCACCUGCAGGGAUGAGCCACACGGGGGUGACAGCGUGAAGGACCGACAGGCUCGCACCAAGGCUGGUGACCUCAAAGAGACCGGUGUCAUCAUUGAUUUAAUGCAUCUGAUGAAACCGGGCGGCUUCGAUGUCGCACCCUUCUUCCGUGACAUUGUAAGUCCACCUGAAGAUGAGAGCGAGUUGGGGCUGCAGCUGGAGCCUUGUGACAAACUGGAGGACCUCCAGAAGAGGGUACGCGCCAAGGAGCAGAAGAAGAGAGCCAUGGCCAGGCUAAAUCUCUGUCUUGGUGAGGGCAUAAAUCUAGCAGUGGGAAUUUAUGCAACUGCUGUGACAGCUCGGAAACCACCUCCCAUCAGACUUUACAGGGAAACCAACGAGCCAGUCCGCAGCAAAACCCGAACCUUCCACACCCAGACUGGCAGCCUGCUGCUGCCCAGUGAGAUAAAGAAAGCCCAGGUGUAUGGUAAGAAGCAGAUUGUGAUGGAGAGAGAUGAGGUGGACGCCAUCAGGAAGUUUGACGAUCCUGGAAUGUUUCUGAUUGGAUUCAAACCCAUGGAGAAGCUCAAACGUCAGCACCAUAUCCGACCGGCUGUCUUCCUCUACCCUGAGGAGAACGAGGUGAAAGGCAGCGCAUGCCUGUUCUCUGCCUUGUUAACAAAGUGUAGCGAGAAGAACGUGUUCGCUCUGUGCCGCUGCAUCUCCCGCCGAAACUACUCACCUCGAUUUGUUGCCCUGGUGCCUCAGAAGGAGGAGAUCGACGAGUGGAAAGUACAGAUUACACCACCAGGUUUCAACGUCAUCUAUCUGCCGUACGCUGACGACUUUCGGACUCUGGAUCCCCCCCAGUGCCCAUUGGCUUCACAAGUUCAGGUGGACAAGAUGAAGGAGAUCGUCUCCAAGCUCCGCUUCAAAUACAGGAGUGAUGCUUUUGAGAAUCCAGUCAUCCAGCAGCAUUACAGGAACCUGGAGGCCUUGGCUCUGGAUAUGAUGGCUCCAGAGGACGUAGAGGACCUCAUCAUGCCAAAGGUGGACCAGAUGGACCGCCGUCUGGGUCCUUUGGUUCAGGAGUUUAAAGAUCUGGUCUACCCUGCGGGCUACAACCCCGAGAGCAAACCGGCCCCUAAACGCAAAGCAGCUGAUACCGGAGGCGGAGCAGAGAAGAAGCCCAAAGUGGAGGUGUCAGAAGACGAGCUGAAGGCCCACGUGCAGAACGGCACCCUGGGUAAGCUGACCGUGCCCGUGUUGAAGGACGCCUGUAAGCAGUUCGGGAUCCGCACCACCGGGACCAAGAAGCAGGAGCUGAUAGAUGCUCUGACCGCCCAGCUGGGAUCUUGAGGAGUUAAAUACACAACUCAACUGUGCCUUCAUGAGCAGACAAACUUGUUCAGAUCAGUGUAUCUGUUGCACCUCAAGUGUAGAAUCGUCUUCAGACACUUUGUACAAACCAAGUUCUGGUGAACUGUGUGAUCUAUUUUGAAAGCAGGUAGCAGGUUUUUAAUGUACAGUGUGGUCUGUGAAAUUUGGGGACAGAUCAGGACACUGUUCGGAGUGUUGAAAGAAAAGAUUCCUGUUGUGCUUGAUAAGAUUAAAUCAGUUGAAUUACCCUUUUGUUGUUGUCAAGGCAUCAUGGUUCAAUACAGCUCAGUGCUAAAGUCUGCAGUAGGUGUGUCAGUCCUAGAUCAUAUGAAUCGUGUUUGAAUUUCUGGACUCACAUUGUACAGUAAACAUACAGUCAUAAAAAUACUGUAACUAGGGUUGAUAAUCCUACGUUUGCAUUAAUAAAACCAAAACCUUUUACA